UUUUUUAGUUAAAAUGUAGGUGGUUAGUUUAUUGAAAGUUAACGUAAUUCUUUACUCAGUCGUAUGCUUAUCUAUCUGAUAGCUCAAAGUAGGACAGAAUGAGUUACGAUGGCUGGGAAGCAGAUGAAGUGGACGAAAGCAUGUUGAUGCAUGGCCGGGGACAAGACGUAAUGUAUGACUAUGAUGGUUAUGAAGAUUAUGCAGACCAACAUGGUGAUCUCAUGUAUGGAUCAGAAAUACAGGAUCCUCAAGAACUGAUUGAAUAUCGCAUGGAAACUCAUGACAUAAAGUUAGAGCUGUCUCAUUUGGCAUCAAAUUGUGUAACAUCUGUACUGUCAAGCAGUAUUAGCCAGCUUAAAGUUCUGCUUAUAUCGUGUGUUAUUUUGCGCCUUGCGAUUUGCCUUUUUCAGUACCUAAAUAUUGAGUCCCGACCUUUUUACAAAAUGAUUUUGCACAUGUUGUCAUGUAGCCUUGGUAUAUUUGUUCUGUACGAUUUGUUCGAAGACGUUUACCAAGUUAUGGGAUGGGUGACAUUUGGAUUGGUGACUGUGUCCUAUAUUUGCAUCUGGGGUUUUUAUAACAGCUCCUACAGUAGCAGUGCAAUAACAGGGUUUGUAGCUGUUUCUGGCAUACUUUUUGGAGAGUUUUAUUACUCCAACCCAAAGAUGUGGAAUCGAAUACGCGGUGUAGUGCUGCUCAUGUGCAUGAAAGUGAUUUCUGUGGCAGUAGAUUACAGAAGUGGCAAAAUGGCUGGGAGUUUACCUUCGGUUUUGGAAUAUUGCGCAUAUUGCUUACACCCUGGUUCAGUUAUAUUCGGCCCAUGGCUCUCUUUGCAGGAAUUUCGAGAAUCAAUUCUUGUAAGGCGGCUAAAUAAUGUAGAUUUCUUUUGGUGCAUUAUCAAAAAUAGUAUUUCAGGUAUGAUUUGCCUUGUGCUAUGUAUGUGUGUGAUUCCCCAUCUAUUCAUGGAUCCAUUGGAACCACAGCUGCCCCUCAUUUUACCUGUUGUGGCAGGUCCAUGGUUGCUAGCAUACAAAUCUGCUGUUUCCUUUCAUUUCAGCCAUUACUACGUCUGCUAUAUUGCUACCCUGACAAGUCAGCUUGCUGGUACAGGCAUCGCAAAAGUCUCUUCAAAAAAGUUUAAAGAUGAACAAGAUAAUCAGAGUCAAAAUCGAAAAGAUAAAAACAAAAAUGGUAAACCAGAAGAAAUAUACUCUUGGUCAAAUUUUGUGAUCACAAGACCACUGGAUAUUGAAAUUCCUCGCUCAAUGUUAGAUGUUGUUGUAGCGUGGAAUAUUCCAAUGAGUAAAUGGUUAAAAUAUUAUGUUUUUGACACAACCCGGUUUUUGGGCAAUUUCAGUGCCUUACUGUUUUCCUAUGCUGCCAGUGCAAUUCUUCAUGGAUUAAACUUGCACUUGGCUGCCAUUCUUCUUACUCUAUGCUUAUACACAUACAUUGAAAAUGCAUUACGACUAAAAUUGUCAAAAAUUUUCAACUGUAAUGCAAUUCAAUCAAGACCGCCACGAAAAGUCACCAGUCCUAUUCCUAUAUGGGCAAGACUGUUUAAUUUCAUGUGGAUCCUCAUUAACCUCAUGCACCUCGCCUAUCUCGGCACUGCCAAUAUAUUUCAAGACGAAGAAGAUGAACAUGGAAUUCAUGGAUACAGCAUCACACACACAUUAAAAAAGUGGGGUCAGCUGGGAUUUACAAGUCAUAUAUUUGCUGCAGCGUGUUUAUUGUUUAACUGGUUUAUAUAGUCAUGUUAACAAAUUUGUAAAUUUGACAUCAUUUUAGACCUAUUAUAACUUAAAUCAUGAUAUUUUUGCAAUCAAAUUUUAUAGCCUGCUCAAUUUUUUAUGGACAGUACCAGUAUCACCUCAACACUAAAGCUGCUAAGUGCUAACGUUUAACUAUUUGUGCUUUUUGGUGGUAGCUUGCUUAUUUUCUUUCUGCUCCUUUUUUCUUAUCAUGUUUCUUUGCUUCGGUGCACCCUUUUUAAGCUAAUCUCUAAUCACUACCCUAUAAUGCCUUUGCACUGUUUUUGCUAUAAAAUUAAUCAUUUAAGUCUGUUAUCAGUAUUACAUCCUUUCUUUUCUGAAAUAUGAAAUAGCUAAAUGCUUUUGUUUUG